AUGAUUAGAUCCUUGCUUAGAUCUACUGCCUCUAGAUCGUUCGUAUGUAACUAUUCUAGUAAGGCCGUGCCCUUAACUGCGGAAACUUACUCAUCCAAAGUCUCAAGAAACCCAAGCUUCAAGAAAUUGGAUGAGACCGAUAUUAAGCACUUCCAAACCAUCUUGAAUGAUGGAAAUGGAUUGAUCACCGACGCUGACGAUCUCCUUUUCUACAAUGAAGACUGGAUGAGAAAGUACAGAGGACAAUCGCAAUUGGUUUUGAAACCAAAAUCGACCGAACAGGUAUCCUCAAUCAUCAAGUACUGUAAUGAACAAAAAUUGGCUGUUGUUCCUCAAGGUGGAAACACUGGUUUGGUUGGAGGUUCCAAUCCAGUUUUCGACGAAAUCAUCAUCUCAUUAAGUGGUUUAAAUAAAAUACGUGCCUUUGAUGAAGUCUCUGGGAUCUUAAAGUGUGACGCUGGGUUGAUUUUGGAAAACGCUGAUAAUUUCUUAGCUGAAAAGGGUUACAUUUUCCCAUUGGAUCUUGGUGCCAAGGGUUCAUGUCACGUUGGUGGUAAUGUUGCUACCAACGCUGGUGGUUUACGUCUUUUAAGAUACGGCUCAUUACACGGUAGUGUAUUAGGUUUGGAAGCUGUUUUGCCUGAUGGAACCAUCUACAACUCAAUGGAAUCUCUUAGAAAGGAUAACACAGGUUAUGAUUUGAAGCAAUUGUUCAUUGGUAGUGAAGGGACUAUUGGUAUUAUUACUGGUGUAUCCAUCUUGUGUCCUUCUAGACCCCAGGCUUUCAGCGUUGCCUUGUUGGGAGUUUCAUCCUAUGAAGCCGUACAAAAGGUCUUCGUUGGUGCCAGGAAAGAACUUUCAGAAAUUUUGUCAGCCUUUGAGUUUAUGGAUAGAAACUCUCAAGUGUUGGCUGGUCAACAUUUGAAAUUAGACCACCCAAUUGAAAGUGACCAGUAUCCAUUUUACAUUUUGAUUGAAACUUCGGGUUCAAACAAGGAGCAUGACGAUGAAAAGUUAGAAACCUUUUUAGCAAACUCAAUGGAAGAAGGCUUGGUUGAUGAUGGUAUUAUCGCCCAAGAUGAAACCCAGUUGAAGAGUUUGUGGUCUUGGAGAGAAUCGAUCCCUGAAAGCUCAACCAUGAACGGUGGAGUUUAUAAAUAUGAUGUUUCGUUACCAUUAAAAGAUUUAUACGGCUUAGUGGAAGCAGUCAACGUCAAACUUCAAGAAGCUGGAAUUGUUGGAUUUGAUGAUCCAACUAAACCUGUGGUUGAGGCUAUUGGAUAUGGUCAUGUUGGAGACGGUAACUUACAUCUUAACGUUUGCGUAAGAGAAUACUCUAAGGAAAUUGAAAAGGUAUUGGAGCCAUUUGUAUAUGAAUGGAUUCAAUCAAAGAACGGUUCCAUUUCAGCUGAACAUGGAUUGGGCUUCCAAAAGAAAAAUUACAUUGGAUACACCAAGAACGAUGUAGAAAUCAAGUUGAUGAAGGAAUUAAAGAAGCACUACGAUCCAAACGGAAUCAUGAACCCAUACAAGUAUAUAUAA